AUGUUCUUUCUUCAUAUUAUUAUUACUAUCACUCCUCGUCUUGUCCUUAAUAUCAUUGAUUUUAUUAUCUUCAUUACAAGGAGUGCUUUCUUGGUUAAUACAAUGACUUCUCCUCCAUUUCCUCUUUCUUCUCCUUUGUCGUAUUUCUUUCAUUCGUCCAUUUUCCUUUUUUUAUCUUAUUCUUUUCAUUUCUAUUUUUUUCAUUCUUUCUUUUCGUGUUCUUUUUUAUUCUUUUUUUUUUGUUGUCCACUUCUUUCUUUCCAUGACAUUUUCUUUCUUCCUUUCUUUCUUUCUUUCUUUCUUUCUUUCUUUCUGUUUUUCCACUUCUUUCUUUCCGUAACUUUUUCUAUCUUUUUCUUUCUUUCAUUCUUUUCUUUCGUCAUUUUUAUUCAUUCUUUCUUUCUUUCUUUCUUUCUUUCUUUCUUUCUUUCUUUCUUUCUUUCGUUCGUUAUUUUUCUUUGUUUAUUCUUUCCUUUUUUCCUCUUCUUUCUUUCCGUAAGUUUUUCUUUUUCUCUUUCUUUCUUUCGUUAUUUUUUCUUUGUUUAUUCUUUCUUUUUUUCACUUCUUUCUUUCCACGGAUUCUUGCUUGUCGUUAUUGUUAUAUCGUUAUAUCUAUCUAUCUAUCUAUCUAUCUAUCUAUCUAUCUAUCUAUCUAUCUCAGUUCAACCAUAUCUAUCUAUCUGUCUAUCUGUCUGUCUAUCUAUCUAUCUAUCUAUCUAUCUAUCUAUCCGGGAUUAA